UAGGCUAUGUCUGUUAAGCUGAAAUGCUCAGAAAAUGAUCCAAAUUGAUACCCCGAACCAAGUGGCUUCUGAUGAAAUCAUUAAGGAGCUGUGCACUUCUAAUGGACUGUCUUAUGAGAGAGUUGAGCAAGAAGGAACUUCAGUCACAAGCCUAGAGAUGUUUUUCUCCGGCUACCCAAAAAUAGUUGGCUUGUCAUAUUUCCCCAAUUUAACAAGGCUAACUCUUGUUAGGCAGAACAUCCAAAACAUCUCUGACCUGGAGAACUGCCCAUUAUUGAAAGAGCUGUGGGUGGCAGAGUGCUGCUUGACAAAAAUUGCUGGUUUAGAAAAAUGUGUUCUUUUGCAAAAGCUUUGCCUCUACUGCAAUAUGAUUCCAGUUAUUGAAAAUCUGGAGACACUAACAAGGCUGGAGGUUCUUUGGCUGAAUGGGAACCAGAUUAAAGAAAUAGAGGGGCUGAAUGCACUGCAGAAACUGAAAGACCUCAAUUUGGCUGGGAAUCUCAUUAAUAAACUAGGAUAUUGCUUGGAUCCAAGUGGAAAAAUAGAAAAACUAAACCUGUCUGGAAAUCAAAUAUGUUCCUUCAAAGAAAUCACCAACCUGGCCAGACUACCUCAUUUAACAGACCUGUGCCUGAAUGAUCCCCAGUAUGACCCCAACCCUGUCUGUUUUCUUUGCAAUUAUGCGACGCAUGUGCUGUAUCAUCUCCCUCAGCUUCAAAGACUUGACACUUAUGAGGUAUCCCCCAAACAGAUCAAGGACCUGGCAGAGACCACAGUGUUGAAAAAGGUGAUGUAUUACAACAUGCGUAUCAAGUGCACCCACAGGCAACUAAAUGAAGAACUUGAGAAGCUGAAAGAAAGGAAGUCCAAGUUACAGAAGUUGCCAGAAGAUCGUAUUAAACUUUUCACCUGCAAUGUCAAGAACCUGGAACAAGAACUGUCAGAACUUCAAACAUCUGGCAAAAUGCAAGCGUGCAAAUCUAUUUCCAAUCAAGACUUUGAAUGUGAAAAGUCAGAUGAAGAAGCUGGGAGUUCAGAUGAGGGCCAGGAAGAAAACAGUCUUGAGCAGCAGUUUUUGCAUAAAUUAGAGUGCCUGAGAAGAAGAAUAAACUUCUGGAACAAAAAAUUAGAGGAAAUUGAGGCCAUUUAUCAAGUUGAAGUCAAGAAGAAGAAGAAAAACAGUAAUUUGGCAGUGCAGUUUUUACUUACUGAAUUGGAAUCGGUGGGGAAUAUACGCUUUGAAGAAGGUUCACCAAGUGAUGCCUGGUUUAAUUCCUGCUAUGAGUUAAUUCUCUCACGAUUUUGUGCCUGGGACUUCAAACCAUACGGCAUCACAGGAGUGAAAGUAAACCGUGUCAUUAGGGUGCACAAUCGGAUGCUGCGGCUGAGAUUUGAGGAUAAGUUCCAGCAAUUUUUGGACAGAGAAGAUUUAAAUGAGUCCAUGAACUACAGGAAGAUGCUGGAAUAUCUCUUCUAUAUAUAUCCCCCUGAAACGCCCUUGAAGAAAAAGCAAUUGAUCCAAAUCUUAGAGGAAGGGUUCCAAGAAACAAAAAAGAUGUCUGAAUGUGAAGAAGCCGUUCUGCUCACAAACAGCCUAAGUAUCUGCGAAUGUCCAAGAAUUGAGUAUUUGCAAAAACAAGCCAGAAGUAAAGGGGAACCGGAAGAUCUGCCCAGGCAUGGGAAACUCAUAAUUGCAAAAGUCUUCCUUGGGCAUAGGACUCAAGCUCGUGACAUGGACCCAAUCACUCGGGUCAACUAUGCCAGAGCCAAUUCUGUGUUCAGACCUCGCAAGCCCUCCCAAAAUGGCACCCGUACAUCCUGCAGUGGGAUUCUGGAUCAGCAAGAGAAACCAAAAGAGAUUUGCUCUUCCGCGGAGUUCAGGGACUGUGACUGCAGCCUCCGACAGUGUGAGUGGUUUCUGUUUGAUCACGAGCUGGUUUUGCCAGAGUACAUCGUUGAGUUUGAGUACAUCACAUUGGUCAAAGUAGAAGCCCUGUUCUCUUCACUCAACAAUGUGAUUGGGGAAGAAGGAAGGAAACAUGGAGCAGGCUUUGUGCUCUCCCGAGAUCUGCAGCGCGAUGAGGAGGUUUUAAGCAUGGAGCCUGUCAUUAAGCCCAGGCCCAAAAUAGUUUGCUUGGAUGAAAAAACUAUGCUAGCUGUUGCAAAGGCCAAUAUUUGCAGUCAGAUAACGGUUCUGGACCUGCACGGGAAUAGGCUGAGCAAACUCCGAGACAUCUCCAAGCUAACUGGACUUCGCAAGCUUGUUGUCAGUUUUAAUGAGUUCACUUGCUUAGAUGAUGUUUAUCACUUGCCAAACCUGGAAUAUUUUGAUGCCAGUCACAACCAUGUCAUCACCCUUGAAGGCAUUCGGGGCCUGAACAAGUUGAAGCAUUUGGACUUGAGCUGGAACCAGCUGAAAAGAGCAGGGGAAGAAAUCAGUGUCUUGCGGAAACAUACACCAGCAGUCCUCAGUUUGGCUAUCAGGCAUAACCCAUGGCAUAAGCCAGCCUCCGUGCGGUUGAGCGUGAUUGGCCAGCUGAAGGCUCUAACACACCUGGAUGGAGUUCUGAUUACAGAAGAGGAGGCAGCAGCCGCAGCUCAGUUUGUAGCGAAGUCAAAAAUCACUCAGGAGUCUCUGGUGGAGCAUUCACGGACAGACCAAGAAAAGCUGCAUGUGCUCAGCAUCCUUCCUUAUGCCAAAAUCUUGAGCCAGAUUAGCAAGAACAGAGUGGACCUGUUUGAGAACAACUGGUUUUCUAAGAUAACUGUGUUAGACCUAGACGGACAACAUCUUUAUAAAAUUAGUGGUAUAGAAAAAUUAGAGAAUUUACGGUGGGCAUCAUUUAGCAACAAUAAUCUCACCAGAACAGAAGGACUGGAUUGCUGCCAUAAUCUGGAGGAACUCACAUUAGAUGGGAACUGCAUCACCACCUUAGAAGGCAUUUCAAAACUCUCCAAACUUAUUCGACUCAGUGCCAACAACAAUCAUCUCACCAGCUUGGACAGGAAUGUGUUCAGUAACCUGUCACAUCUCCAUUAUCUCUCUCUUGAGAACAACCGGAUCACAUCGCUGGUGGGUUUGCAGAAGGCCUAUGCACUGAUUGAAGUCUACAUAAGCAACAACUAUGUGUCUUCCAACCAAGAAAUAUAUCAGCUGAAGGGGCUAAACAACCUGGUCAUCCUGGACAUGUAUGGAAAUCUGAUUGUUUGGAAGCAGGAAAACUACCGCCUCUUUGUUAUUUUCCAUAUCCCAUCCCUGAAAGCCUUGGAUGGUAUUGCUGUGGAACCAGCUGAAACUGAAAGCGCUAAAGAUUUAUUUGGUGGCAAACUUAAUGCUGACAUGGUUGCAGAAAGGCUGGGACAUUCAAACUUCAGCAAAAUGCAAGAAUUAAACUGGACUGCCUCUAUGAUCAGAAUGGUGGACCUUGUUCCAGCAGAGGAGUUUAAAAAUAUCACCAGUGUGAAUUUGCAGAACAACAAUCUCACAUCUUUCAGUGGUUUGGUCUUCCUCCCAAAUGUCAAGGUUCUUUGCCUAAACUACAAUCACAUUGAAUCUAUCCUUCCUAGACAGAAACCUUCCAGCCACUUAACAAACAGGCAACUACUGUAUCAGAAAGUGUCGUCCAGUGGCUAUGGGCAGCAAGGGGCUUCCAAAAGCAACAAGGAUGUGGGAUUGAGCGAAAGUUUGUCUCCAUUAAUGGAAAGUCUAGAAGUUCUCCACUUGGGCUACAAUGGAAUUACCAAUUUGGCAACGCUUCAGCUCGGUAGGCUAAAAAACCUGAGGUUUCUGUUUUUACAAGGCAAUGAGAUCAGCCAGAUUGAGGGACUCGAUGGUCUGCAACUUCUUCAGGAGUUGGUGCUAGACCAUAACAAAGUGAAAACAAUCCAUGAGAGUUCAUUCUCCAAACUCAGCUCUCUGGUGGCCCUUCAUUUGGAGGAGAACCGGCUGCGGGAACUGAACCAUUUGAACCCUUUGAGCAAACUGCAGAAGCUUUUCCUCGGUCUCAAUAGAAUUCAGGAGUUGACGGAACUUGAAAAACUCGAUUGUCUUCCUUGCAUUAAGGAGCUCUCAAUAUAUGGAAAUCCUGUAUCCCGUAAGAUCUGCCAUCGUCCACUUCUUAUAUUUCGCUUGCCGAAUCUUCAGGUGUUGGAUGGAAUAACUGUCAGCCCGGAAGAGAGGGCCAGAGCCGAAAUCCAUUUGCUGGAACAGCAAAUCUUUCCUUCAGCUAACUCUCCAAUGGACUCUGGAUUCCCUGGAUUGCAACUCAGUUUCUCCAAACCUUGCCCCAUGAAGAUCGCCAACAUUGCCAGUGUAAGCCUACAGGGAGGCGUCGGCCACCUGUGCGGCACUGAUUUCAUCUUUCCUCAUUCUGCUGACGAAACAGUUGGAACCGAGACCAACAAAAGCAAGAAAUCAAAGAAUGCCGCUGUGGGAUCCUGUAUUCCUCGGAGCAUCCAUGCGGAAAUGGCCACCAGACAAGCCAGAGGUGCAUCAGCUAACCCUCCAAGCCACGCAUCGUCCCAAGCUGGUCCUUCCCGAACAACGUGAAGAG